GCCAAAAUAAAAACCCUAAAAAAGAUCUAUUGUGAUUUUAGCCACCAAAAUAAGAACACCACCUUGAAAGCGUAGUAUUUACAAAAGCCCCCAUAAGCGGCAAGCACUCUGUUUAACAGUGAAGAUGAAUGUGUAUUCAUGGUUUCGACUUAGCAAAAAGGGAUCUUCAUCGCAAUCAGCAACGACAACGGCAACAAGCAAUCAAAACAAUGAAGAACAGUUGUAUGGAAUCACUGAGGAGUUGAUUGAUCUCAUCAAGUCGUUCACUCUUGAAACAUUCAAGAACUUCAAUCUCCAAGAUGAACAAGGAGCCGAUGAUGGAGCUGAAUCAACUUCUGGGAAUAUACAAAAGGAUUUGUCUGAUUGGCAAGAGAAACAUGCCGUCCUUGUCCUAUCAAAGGCCAAGGAACUAUCACAACUUAGGUUUAGAUUAUGUCCUCGCUACUUGAAAGAAGGACAAUUUUGGAGAAUUUAUUUUAUCCUUGUGAAGAACUAUGUUGCAAAAUAUGAGUUGCAUGCCAUACGAAUGGAGAAACUUAAACAGAUUGCAUCAGAGAAUAAGAAAAAAGACUCAAAUACAAAUGGAUAUGAAGUUGAAAUGUUGGAAUCAAGAAAGCCAAUACAUCCCAAACCUACAACUUCCCUUAAAUAGAAGGUGAAUCAUUCCAAAAGUUAAAACGGAAACAAGUUCAUGAAACAUGAAUUUUUAUGUAUUUUUUUUCUUUUGUAUAUACUUUUUAAGGUUAUAUCAUCUUGAAAGCAUCGUGGUAUCUCCUUAUGGAUAGCUUUAUAAAUCAUGAAAACAAGUAGUUACUAAACGAUACAUGAAGAUGGGGACAAAAUGGUCAUUUGUAUGGAUUUUAACAGAGCCCAUGGACUAAAAUUGCAAUCGAAAAUGAUCUUAGGGAUGAAAAAAAAAAAAAUGAAACUAUUUGAUUGUAUUGUAUCCAUCAAAAGUGAUAAAGCACCAACCACAUGGAUAGUUUUUUGUAAUUUAGUCG